UUGUGAUGUGAAGAAGAACAUAUUUUUUGAUAAUUAUAAUUUCUGUAUUGAAACUUAAAAACUUACUACGCUAAUUAAAUUACACAAUUAUUUGCAGAUAUUUAAGGGGGCUUCUUAGCAUUUAUGGGCCAAAUUAGUACUUAAUGGUCAUCUAAACGACACUGAUGACCGACAUUCCUCUGCUUUUACUGCCAACAAUCUUAUGGAAAAGGGUAGUAGUAUUGGGAAUAUGUAUCCAUUGAGAAAUUAAAAAAAUCGGAAAACUCAACACAUCAAAAUUGUGAAUAUUUUAUACAUAAGAAUAAGAAAGUCAAAUAGUUUCGGAAAUUCAAAGCUAUGGAUUCUUCGACGUCGGCAUCUAGAUGUGAUGAUGAUAUAGAUAUUCUUUUAGUGACUGCAAACGUAGGAAGUUUGUUUGAAGAUCCUCUGCGCCUUCUCCGUCCUUGGCUGGUAGUGUUUCUUCAAAAAGUCGAAGAACUACAGCCAAAAUUUUUGGCACUACAUUUGCAGGAAGUAGGAGGAAAAACAUAUGAAAAAUCAAUGGAAUAUGUCCAAGAAUUCAUAAGAAGUUUAUGCGAAGCCCCCCAAAUGUUAAAUUUUGAAUUUAUACGUAUUUACAUGGAUGAAGAUUUCAAUUCCGCUGAGCACUUUACGGCACUGGGAAACCUCUAUUUUGUACAUAAUAGCUUAAAAAAUGUGAAAAUGUGGAAUUUUCUUACUCAUAAUUGGGAAUCGGCUGAAGGAAAAAAUAUAUAUUCCGGAAAUAUUGAAACCAUAUCAAGUAAAGAAAAAUCGAAAUUCCCGCAACAUUUUUUUCCAGAGUGCAAAUGGUCUAGAAAAGGGUUCAUGAGAACGCGUUGGGAACUUAAUAAUACUGUUUUUGAUCUAGUCAAUAUACAUCUCUUUCAUGAUGCAUCCAAUUUAGCAGCUUGCGAAGAAUUUCCUUCAGUUUAUUGCAAAACAAGGAGAAGAGCUUUAGUUCACACAUUAGAAAGAUUUCAUUUGGAUGAAAAAAAUGGUUUAGCACCAUUUUUUGUUUUUGGCGAUUUUAAUUUUAGAUGUGAUACAGAAGGUGUAAUUAAGGAAUUAACUGAAAAUCUUACUGCUCAUCGUAUACAUAGCAUGAAAAAUGACUGUACAAAAGUUCAUUAUCGCAAUUCAGGCGGUGAUAAUAUUCUGACGGUUGGAAAGAAAGAGUUCAACCAUGCAGAUCACCAAUUGAAAUUUAAAGAAUCCUGGUUGCAAAAGUUUGAUCGUGAGCUCGAACCUUUAAAAGAAUUUUUAAUUGAGUUUCCAAUUGAUUUUUCACCAUCGUAUCCUUACGAAGAAGAUCCCGAAAUGCCAACAGAUUAUAUGUCUACUCGUUGUCCAUCCUGGUGCGAUCGUAUCUUAAUGAGCGUUCAAGCAAAGGAAAUAGUCCAUGAAACUGAAUCUCCCAACAUAUACAGCAUAAUGGGUGAAGAGGUCUGCAUGGGAGAUCAUAAGCCUGUUUAUUUAAAUAUUCGCUUAAAAUCCAAUCAAGGAAUGGAUAAAUAUUUAGCUUAUAUUCCAAAUAAACUACAAGUGAUUAUAAACGAAACAUUGGGAGAUGAAGUAGUGUGGAAAGAACAAUGUCAAUUGGAUGUUUCUGCUCAAUCUGAUAAGUUAUCUUGUAUUAAUGCUAAAACUCGUUAUAUUCAAAUACAUUCGUUAAACACAGAUGACGACAGUAUUAUUUGCAGUAAUUCGUCCAGUACUAACUACGAAAAACUUAAUCGAGGUGUCGUGGCGGAGACUGGGCAGUGUGAUGUUAGUCAAAUGACGUUAAAUAAUAUUGAAAAUAAUCAACCGUUAUCUUCCAUUCUAAAGGAAACAACUGUUUAAAUAGUAUAAUAAACCACACCAAAUUAAUGAAUAGUACGUUUUACUAUGAGUAUAACAUCGUUUAUAUUAAUAGAUAUACAACGUAUAGACGACCUACAUACAUAUAUUUAAUCAAUAGUACCUUUUUCUUGUCUGGCCCUCUGUUUACCUAUUGCUGUUAAAAUAAAAAAUAUUAAUGUUGUUAAACCUGGCCAAUUCGUACAGAUUAUAUACAUACGUAAGAAAACAAAAUGUGUUUUAAAUAAACCGACAUAUUCAAUAUUACAGAACAAUUAAA